UCUUUGGUGAAAACCCAAAGCCAUUCAUUCUUACCAAUUGUUUUUUUCUACUACAAAAAACACACACACACAUCCUUCAUCAUGGCCACCAAGUCUUCGCAGGCCGCAAAGGAAAGCAAGCUAUGGCAGGACAGACUUAAGAUAUACUGCCUGGAGAACAAAUUGGAGGAACCGUUUUACAAUUACGAAUCUGAUCGUCGAGGAGGUCGCACAGCUUGGACCUCCAAGGUCACCGUUCGGCACCAUGUCCCGGGAGUCCCGUGGACGAAUGCGGGACGUUACUACUUCGAUGGUGAUAAUAAUGCCCGUGAAGAUGCUGCUGAGGUCGCCUGGAGGAAGUUGACCAACAACCCUUGAUAUCCGUCGAGAGGCUGUAUUUCUAGAUCUUGUCUGGAUGUUUACCGGGAGAAUGACUCAUGUCUCUCU